UUACACUCCAAUUAAUAGUUACCAGCUUUUUAUUAUGAUUUUUUUUUUUCCUUUUUUAUUAAUCAUAAACAAUUCUUAUACAGAGUUUCAAUUGAAGUGUAUCGUCCCUAAACUGGGUUUCUUGAUCCUUUUUUUUUUAAGUGAAGUAACAUCUCAAGUGAAGGGAAAAUUUUGAUUGAGAAUGUGGGAAUUUUCAGUGGCUUUGUACAUGAUCAAAGUGUGGCCUGAAUCUUUACUUCUGGCGGCAGCUUAUGGCUUGUCUGAAUCUGCAUCGAUGGCAAUAUUCGGUCCUUUGAUCGGGCAUUGGGUGGAUAAUUUGUCGUACAUUCAGGUUCUUAAGAUUUGGCUAUUGAGCCAAAACCUCUCGUUUAUAAUUGCCGGGAGUGCAGUGAUUGCUAUACUAAUCCAUCCCGAAUUUAUGUCCACAAAUCGCGUGCCGUUUUUCGCUUUCAUUGUAAUAAUAAAUAUCUCCGGAGCCAUUGGCGUACUCUCGACUCUAGCUGGAACAAUCUUGGUCGAACGAGAAUGGGUGGUUGUGAUAUCCAAAAGCCAACCUCCGGGAAUUCUUACAAAUAUGAACUCGUUAAUACGUAGGAUUGAUCUAAGCUGCAAACUAUUUGCUCCUGUGAUAAGUGGAUUCAUCAUAAGUUUUGUUUCACUAAUGGCAUCGGCUUUUGCGCUUGCACUAUGGAAUAUAUUAUCCGUACACUUGCAAUAUCGGCUUUUAAUCUCGGUGUACAAUGGGAUUCCGGGACUAAGAGAAGCCGAUCAAAAAAGGGCUUCGAGAUUCUCGGUUAGGGAAGUGGAUGAAAAAUUUAAAUCCCUUUGGGAACGAAAAAGCUUGAUUUUUUCGGAUGAAAAUGAUCACGAAAGCAUCUCAAGAGGGACUAUAAUCAAGCGGUUAUUGAAAAUUUCUUAUAUAAGUGCGUGGAGAUUGUAUAUCGAGCAAGACAUCGUUCUCCCGGGACUUGCUCUUGCUUUGCUUUACUUUACCGUGCUUAGCUUCGGAACAUUAAUGACGGCUUAUUUGGAAUGGGAAGGCAUUUCCGCUUACGUCAUUGGCACGGGACGUGGAUUUAAUGCUAUAGUCGGGAUAUCCGCCACUUUUCUUUAUCCCAUUUUGCAAUCUCGUAUUUCGACUCUCAUAACAGGUCUUUGGUCAAUUUGGUCUCAGUGUAUUUGUCUCUUGUUGUGCGUAGCUUCCGUGUUUGUAAAGGAUAAACUCGUGUCGGCAUACAUGUUAAUGGGUGGAGUCGUGUCUUCACGGCUCGGUUUAUGGAUGUUCGACUUGUCGGAUCGAGUUGCUGAACCUGAUAGAUGUAUUGUGGGUGGCGUUCAAAACUCGCUUCAAUCGAUCCUCGACUUGAUGACUUACAUUAUGGGCAUCGUAAUUUCUAAUCCACAGAGCAAAACGAAGAACAAGAAAGUGUGUAAUAAAAAUGAUGAAUCAGCCAUUGUUGGAUCAAGAAGAAGAACAAAGACCACCUUUUUCUUCAACUCUGCUUGUAAAUCUGUAUGUGGGCCACUUUUUAGCCAGAUGGGGUGCCAGAACAGAAUGUGGGAAUUUUCAGUUGGUUUGUACAUGAUCAACGUUUGGCCGGACUCUUUACUUCUAACAGCGGCUUAUGGUAUAGUCGAAUCCUCAUCCACCGCCUUACUCGGGCCUUUAAUCGGGCAGUGUGUGGAUAAAUUUACAUAUGUUCAGGUUCUCAAGAUUUGGCUAUUUAGCCAAAAUCUAUCGUUUAUGCUAGCCGGGGGUUCGGUAAUUGCCGUAUUAACCAAUCCCGAUUUGAUAUCCGUAAAUCGUGUGGCAUUUACAGCUCUUGUCCUGUUAAUUAACUUUUCGGGAGCAAUUGGCGUGCUCUCGACUCUAGCCGGAACAAUCUUGAUCGAACGAGAAUGGGUGGUUGUGAUAUCCGAAGGCCAACCUCCGAGAAUCCUCACGAACAUGAACGCGAACAUACGAAGAAUCGACUUAACGUGCAAACUAUUAGCUCCGGUAGCUUCCGGAUUCAUCGUUAGCUUCAUAUCGUUAACUAGCUCUGCUGUAGCACUUGUACUUUGGAACACAUUGUCCGUUUUCUUGCAGUAUUUGCUGUUGAUGUCCGUUUACAACGGAAUCCCCAAAUUAGAAGAAGUCAGCCAAAGGCGGGCCCACAAAAGAGAAAGCUCGAUUUUUCCGGGACCCGAUCAGCCCGAAACGAGCUCCAACCGAGCCAUUAUCAGCCGGUUUCUAAUAAAUAACCCGUACAUUAGCGCGUGGGGAUUGUAUGUUAAGCAAGAUUUUGUUGUACUCCCGGGACUUGCUUUAGCCUUGUUGUACUUCACCGUUCUCAGCUUUGGGACGUUAAUGACGGUUGCUUUAGAAUGGGAAGGCAUAGAAGCUUACAUUAUCGGGACAAUGCGUGGGAUUAGUGCUGCGGUGGGGAUAUUAGCGACUUUUGUAUACCCGAUUAUGGAGUUUCGUAUUUCGACACUUAGGACGGGACUCUGGUCGAUUUGGUCUCAAUGGACGUGUCUCUUGCCAUGUGUGGCCUCGGUUUUCGUCAAGGAGAAAAGGCUCGUUUCGGCAUAUUUGCUUAUGGGAGGAGUGGCUUUGUCACGGCUCGGUUUGUGGAUGUUCGACUUGUCGGUCAUUCAACAAAUGCAGGAUCAUGUAGCCGAAUCCGAUCGAUGUGUCGUUGGAGGCGUACAAAAUUCGCUCCAAUCCAUGCUCGAUUUGAUGACUUAUGUUAUGGGAUUACUAAUCUCGAAUCCACAGGAUUUCUGGAAAUUGACAAUGUUGUCAUUCGUGGUGGUGACGUUAGCGGCUGCACUGUACAGUCUCCAUAUUUAUCGUGUCCGAAAGCAUUUACUUCAUCUGGACAAGCUUUUCUCAUUCAUUCAAAGGGCUCCCACGUUAUCUUGAGGUUGUUUAAAAUUAAUUAAGUUAAUUCACAAACAAUUUUGAUUUUUGAAACCACCAAAACUAGAAAUGUAGGGAAUGGGGAUAAGUUUUUCAAAAUGUAGGUGUUUUAUUUCAUUUGAUGAUUUAAUGAAUGAUACGUGCACAUGAUGAUGUCAUAUUUAUACAUAUAAUAUUUGUUUAUCUAGCG